CAGUAUGACCGAGAGCACAACCGCUGUGACAACAUCGGGUCAUUUUCUUACAACCACCUUCCAUAUACCUUCAAGUCAACAUUACCAAGAAGAGCAUUCACGGUCAUUGCCAGGAUCAGAUCCUCUUCUUCAUGUAACCACUCCUGUGGUGGCUCUAACUGUAGGCAACCCAAAUCAGCAUUCAGCAGCAAUGUCAACAUCAGAUAUUAAUUUCACAUCUCACCCCAUGGCCCCUACUGAAGUGACUGCUAUGCCUGAACACCCUGUCUCACCACAUGGUGGAGGAAUGAUGGUACCAAUUCGACAUAAUUUUCCUGCACUAGUGAUGAUACUCAUAAUUUUGGGCGUGAUGGCUGGGAUUAUUGGCACUAUCCUUCUUAUCUCUUACUUUAUCAGCCGAAUGACAAAGAAAAGUUCAGUUGACAUCCAAUCUCCUGAGGGUGGUGACAACGGCGUGCCUUUGAGUUCUAUUGAACAGACCCCUAAUCAAGAGUUCUCCAAUGUUUGAAAAACCUCAAGGAAAACAAAACUUCAAUCAAUGGAAAAAAUAAUGCAAUAAUCGGAUGUUUCAGUAAAUUGUGUACC